GCACUAAACUACCACGUUACUUUUGAGUAGACACUUUACUGUAGGACAUUGUUUUUAUGGUAUAGAUUACCAUAAUCAUAAUCAACCUCUUAUUUUUACGUGCUUCAACAUAUUAGUUUUCGUUUUUCUGGUAUAUAGGGAUUUAAGUUCCAUGUCCUCUCGAAAUAUCAUUUUAGGUUAUCAAUUGGUGACUUCGUAGUAUACUUCUAUAGUAGCAUAUUGUUCAACCGUCGAAUUAAAUAAGGUCUCUGUGAGAAAUUUAGGAGUUUUAUUUUUAAUGUUUGUACAAGUAGUCAAUGGGGCAUGUGACAGCGUUCUAUUUGCUAGUGCUCGAACAUCUUAAGUUCAGUCCUACCUCUCUUUCCAAAUUUAUUUCACUGGAUUGUACUCCUUGAACAACAUCUUCAAACCCUAAUUUUUCUGAUUACAGCUUAUAAUUUUACUACAUCUAGCACCACGGGAUUUGAAUCGACCACUGCAUCUCUGUGCUAAUGUGGUGUGGCGACUCGAACUGGUGUACGUACGUACGAAGUUCUACGUUGUUAAUGACUGAUUGACUGACCUAUUUCGAUUUGCGAUUAUGUGCAUUAUCAGUAGUCUUUAUAAAACGAUUUCCUCAAAUUUAGUUAGCGCUUUUGAAUUUUAAGGGAUUAUAUAUAGUAAUAGAGCGGUUUAACUUUUGCAUUUGAUCGGCUGGAAGCGGGUCGUUUUUCUCGAGUGAUCACCGUAUACGUCGCUCAUUCUUUCGAUUAUUUUUGAUAUUUUAGACUCAAGAUCUACAGUAGUAUUUUCCUUCGGACUUUUUAUGUACAAAAAUCAGCGAUACUAUUUUAACUUCCUGUUGGUAACUAAGUACAACAAUAGAGACCAUGCAUUUCUGUCAAGUUUUUACUAUCUAUCUUAGCCCUUACCAGUUCUCCAUCUGCACCGUACUUUUUAAGACGCCAUAUGAAAUGUACAAAAAUCAAUCGCAACCAAGGAUCUGUCAAUUUUUCUUCAAGUAUUUAUUUUUAUAAUGGUGUUUUAUUUAUUCGUUCUCUGCAUUGUUUUCUAGACGGAUUUUUCGGCCUAAUCAGUGUUUUGCUUUGAACUUUAAAAAACUAAUAACUCAAUGCAACAAGUCUCUUAAAAUUCUUGGUCACAAACCACUAUUAUUUAACUAUAUUUCUUUAAGUUUUUGUCAUCCCUUGAUAUCUAGACCAUGUCAUGUUUUUGUUUUCUGAUUGCAGAAUGCCAAGAGGUUUAGUAGAAUGUUUGGUUAAAAUAACUGAGAUAUGUCUAAACGCCCAGUGCGCUCACAUACGAUUUCUAAAUCAUGCAAGAUACAACCUAAUACUCAGGUUACACUUGAACGGGUAAUAGGUUUUACGUUGAACAAUAACUGCGCAGUUGCAUUCUCUGAUAAAACUGGUCUUAUUGCUCAUGCUGCUGGGUGUGUGACAGUUCUUCAUUCAUUUGAAAAUGAACGACAACAAUUUAUACAAAGUCAAAGUCGUAAAGCCAUUACAGCAGUGGAUUUUAGUUCAGAUGGAAAAUAUUUAGCCACAGGAGAAUCAGGUCAUCAACCAAUGGUUCGACUAUGGAGUGUGUCAGAUCAUUGUCAGUUAGCUGAAUUCGGUGGUCAUCAUUUUCGUGUCGUAGCUGUACGUUUCAGCCCGAACGAUCAAUAUUUAGUUAGCGUUGGUAGUCAAGAAGAUCAUACUCUGUAUGUAUGGGAUAGACAGAGUGGACAACGAGUAGCCAGUGCAAAAGUUACAAGUCGGAUCUAUGGAAUUGCUUUCAGUCCAAUGGGACAAUUUUUUGUUACAGUUGGUGUACGUUAUGUUCGUUUUUGGUAUUUAGAAAAUAAACGCAGUAAAAUUCGUGAAACUCUACCACUUCAUGGGAGAAAUGCUAUCUUAGGCGAUAUGUUCAACAGUGUAUUUACUGAUGUAUGCUGUGUUAAUUCGUCGUCGUCGUUGUCUUCUUCUUCGCCUACUUUGUCUUCCUCUAAUCCCGGUUCUACUCAAAUUCAUUCUGCUAAAUUGAAGUCUACAGCAGGAGGCGAAGGAAAAGAUCGUGAAGAUGUAACAAAUAAUAACAGUGGUAAAAUUGCAUCAGCAUCAUCAUCACCGUCUCCAGGUAUCGGCUCUACAACAACAUCAACCACAACAUCUAAUACUUUGACAUUAGUCGUAAAUACAGCUGGUCGUUUAAUACAAUUUAAUGGUCAAAGAGAUCUAGACAAAUGGGUUGAUUUAAAAACUUCUAGAGCAAACUGUAUUUCAACAAGUGGUUCAUGGUUAACUGUUGGUUGUACCACCGGUGUUUGUCUAUUAUUUGAAGCUGAAAGUUUGCAAUUUAUAGCUAAACUUCCUUUACCUCAUUCGUUGGGUUCCAGUUUACAUCUUUUUCCGGAUGUUAUUUCAAGUGGGCUGAAUGUAAAUGAACCCAUUUACCCUGAUAUUAUUGCAAUUAAAUUGGAUUGCAUACGUAAUCGUAUAAUUUGUUUUUAUAAUGAUCAUAGCAUUCAUGUAUGGGAUAUACAUGACUUAACAACGAUCAAUAAAUGUCGAUCGUAUUAUUACCAUAGUCGAGGUAUUUGGUCAGUGGAUUGUUUACCGGAACAAUGGCGACAGAAUAAUAAUAACAUCGAUAACAAUAAUAAUACUAUUCCAUUAAAUCAUUUACAAUCUUGGUGGUCGAAUGAUAUGUUUGUCACAUGUUCUGAUGAUGGAACUAUUCGAUUUUGGAAUCUUCUUGAAAAUUGUCAGUCGACAACAAAUAAUGUUACUGAUAAUGGAAUUAGAUUGUCAACAAGUGUUCCAGCCAAUUCAGAAUUUAUAAGAUCUACAACGUUCGAGUGUACAGAACAACUUGCUGGCAUUAUAUACACUGAUCCAAGUCACAAAUAUCUAUGUACUAUUGAUCGUUCUUCAAGUAAGUUCCACAUAUGAAUCUAAAUUUGUGUUUUCGUUAUUUAAAACUAGGGUUGGCGGUUUUGUUUAAAAAAUGUUCAGUGAUACAAUUUAGUAAUUUGUUGAAGAUUGAGAUAUUAAAUCUUAGAAAAUAAAAUAUCUAUUUCAUCAUAGUGAAUAUAUAUUUGUUUUCUUCCAAAUCCAUGUUUUUAUAGUGUCUCACUUUAGCCAUGUAAAAGGUUAUUCCCUCCCUUAAUAGCUCAGAGAUAACAUCUCAAAUUCUGAAGCUGGGUGAUGCGGAUUCGAGUUCCACAUGGACCAUCUGUCGCUCCAAGUUUACGGGUACACUUUACUGAUGAGUAUCAAAUAACACGGUAGCUAAAUUCACGGUUUUCUUUCAACGACCUUCAACCGUCUGAUACUAUGAAAAACUAGGCAACUGUUUCAUUAUCGUUCAACGUUUCUUGUUGUAUCGAACCUACGACAGUCUUACGAUUGGCUCUAACUUCAAACUACUGAACUGGGAAUUCGCUAAUUUACAUUUUUAACUUAAUCAGAUUGCGUUAUAGUUCGAUCUACAUCCCAUUUCACUGGUGAUUUAUUUUUAAACUCCCGGUCAGUUUGACUAUAAAAACGUAUAUCUUCAUUUUAGUGAAGCUAGGAAAUAUAGAUCAUUGAAUAUCCCUUACUGUCUAUUGUAAUUCUAUAUACAUUUGUAUUGGUCGUUUUAGUCUUCCCGUUGGUAUUUCAGACUAAUUGAUCAGUCUCUUUUUCACAUGUACAUCCUGUGCGGUUUGUCUUGAUAUUGUCAUUAAGUCACAAGCAUGAUGAGUAGAGAUGGAUGUUUGCUUGCAGUGGAAUCCAGAGCACACAUUCCAUCCUAUUUGGUUAAUCGUUAACUCUGGGGUACAGGGACAUUCAGCUGAAGAUUCUAAGGUAGGAUUUCAUUUCUAACCGACAUUCAUCUCUGUUUAUGGUAAGAAUUAUAGUUUGAAGUAUUUUCAACAAAAUACUCGGCAGAGUAUAGACUGUUCAUAUCAUUUUUAUGCUGUUAUGUAAACUAUUCGAAAAGAAAAUGAUCGAAACGCUUUUUUCUAAAUGCAGGUUUGGAUUACACUUUGUGUAAAGUGAACACUUUCAAUUAUUAUCUCAACUUACUACAUACUAUUUGACAAUCAGAUUUCGAAACAAUCCUAAUAUAAAAAAAUCCAUCUGCAGAUUUGAGAUGAUUGUUUUUCUUUUUUUCCAAUAAGGUGAUUUUCGUUGAAGUUUUGCUUAUGUGGCAGUUUCCUAUUUUAUGAAGUUCUUCAGUGAAUCGGUGAAUGUUUUUAGCAAUGAGGAUAAACUUUUCGCUCAGUCCUUGGUAAAUUGUAUCGGAGGAUAUUGAUUUACCCAUGCAUACUAUCCUCCUAUAUCAUUGGGUUUUUAUGAAAGUUUUGUUUUCUGUUAAUCAAAGCACCCAAGAAUGGUUUUCUUUAGUAGUUUAUUUGUGCCUUUUCCUUUAAAAUUUAAAUUCCUCGAUCGCUAAUAAGCUGUAAAAUAUUAACUAACCAUGUGAUUAAUUUCUUCAAGUUUCCGUUAUAAUAUCAAGGAAAUCGGAAAUUAUGAUUACUCAUCGAUAGCAUUAGCUUUGAUAGUCGCAGUAUAUCAAUAUUUAGUUGAAUUUUGUAUUAUAUAAACGGUUAGAUACCUACUUACUGAUCUCACGGUAUUGUCACACGGUAAUUGUCUCAAAGUAUCUGACACUAAUGAAAUCCCUUGGUCUUAUGGUUUUUAUCGAUACCAGAGCGCAAUCGAUCCUAAUGAAUACUAGAAACACUUAUUUUGACUACUCAAGGUAAUAUGUAUUUUUAAUAGGUAAGGUGUAUCUCUAGUCCUGUAAGCUUGUUUGCUGCAAUCCAGUUCAAGAUGUAAAAUGAAUGAAUUAAAUCUUACUUUGUUAUGGUAACUUGCUCAUCUAUUGCUAUUUUCAUCUCAGAAACUGAUAAUUUUGUCUAUUUUCCCUUUUGUUUGUGUUUUGUCUCCCUUUCUUUCUCUCUCUCUUCUUCUCAAUCAAUCACUCACCCACCCACUCACCUGUUCCAUUUUUUAUAAUCCUCCAGUUGAAAUUACCUUGUCUAAAUUAGAAGGUAAAUCAUAUAGACAUUUAUGCAUAUAUAUGUGUGAAAUUUUACUUACAUAUACAUACCUCUGUGUUUAUGUCUACAUGUGUAAAAAUGUAUCCAUGUGUUUUUCUUUUGCAAUCUCAUUUCAUUUCGCAUGAUAUUAAGCUAAUUGAUAUUUUCAUCGCUUUCUUCCAAUGCAUGUCUGAUAUAUAUAUCUGGUUGACCCAUCACCAUGAUCAUUUGCACAUGUGCAUCGAUUGGAAUAUCAAGUUGAUGAAUUAUUGACCACUACUGUUUUUGUAUUCAUUUCAUAUCAUUUUUAAGUUGAGGUACUUACUUGUAGGGAAACUUGUGACCUAUUUUCUUGCGAUUCAUCAGAUGAAUGUCUGUAUAGAUACUUUCAUUUCAAUAUCACCUUUUUUCACACGGACAUCGAAACCUGAAUUUGUGUCUCGUGGAAAUCAUCAACUUAAUAACCAUCAAUAAUCAAAGAUCGUUGAACAUUUUUAUUUCGUCGUAAUAAUCUUGGGGUAUCACAACGAUGUGAUCCACAGUCCCUUAUAUUUGAAUCAUACGACAAAGUGUUUGUCAAUGUUAAUUGUAAACAUUUUAAAUUAGAAAACAAAGUUUCUAUCGUUUUUGGAUAGAUUAAAUCAAUCAGGAAAUUGAUCGCUCAAUAUAUCAGUCGUCAGAAUAUAGGGUCAAGUAAAGCAACAAAAAAAAACUGGCACAUUCAGCAAAAUAAUGCAAAAUCGAAUCAAAGAAACGAUCAAGGUUUAAAAAUGUAAGACAAAAUAAAAGGGAUUUCAAGUUGAACCAAAAGAUGACCAUAAUACACAUUAAUACAGAGAGUUAAAGGAAUAACGUUAUGUGCAGUGUGAAACAAGAAGUCUCUUUGACCACACACAUGGUGUGAUUUUCUUACACAAGCAGACACACACAUACAUACAAAAGGACUCUACACGGGUGUCCGAAAUCCCUCUAUAUGACACGAAAGCACCCUAGUCACUUUCAGUCAUGGCUCCCCUAGCUAACUUGUCAAUGUCACUGGAGGGUGUAGGAUUUACCCAAGUACGCCUGCAUACUUUCUUUAUGCUAGGGUGUCAUAAGAUAUUCAAACAUAAAGAAAUCAUGUUUCCUAUAAUAAACAAAGCAAAUUAAAUAAUCUCUCCCAAUCUCACCAACUGAAUUUUCAAACACAUGUCGUUGUACCCCAUCACCAACCUAAUGAGUAUGAUUACCGAGUAGGAAAGUUGUGUAUCGCUUUAUCAUAGCGUGCUGCUACAAUACAUCUAUACGUACAAUAUUCAUUGGUAAUCUUAACAUCAACAUUACCAGUAAAAUCAACUGAGUUACUGACCAUUUUAUAAAGUAGUUCAUAAUAUUUAAAAGUUUAUACAAAUAAUAUAUAAAGUGAUGUGAAGUGGCUUUCGAUAUCACACAAUAAAUAAGUAUACUUGUUUCACCGCAGCCAUAAACUCAGCACUGUUUUAAUCCUCAAAUGAUUUUUCCAGUUUUUUCUUCUGUGCUUCCCUGUCAAGAUAGAUUGGAUGAGUGUGCUCAAUUUGACAAUACAAUCUCAUCGAUCUAAGUGUUGACAUUGUCAUAUUGAUUAUCAUCAUCCUCAUAUACCUUAUAAAACAGGCUUUGAGCUUCAUCCGUAAAGUAGAAUCCAACAUGGGUCGGUAUGUCUUAAAGUCCAAUCACUACUCGCAGUAUUUACAAAACAUCCAGUUGUUUAAUACCACAGUUAUAUUCAGCUAGUCGGACGAUAUAUCGAAUUCCAUAGAAAGUUUGGUCGUGAAAUACAUCUAGCUUGGAAUAUAGUUAACUCUGUGAUGUUUUUCAGUUUAACUUCAAUCGGUUCCAUAUUUCGACAAUAAAGAUUUUAGCCACACCUCCAUUUAGUUUGACUAGAUCACAUUUAUAAUCACUCCUAAUACAAUCAAAGCGUAGCAGUCAAUUUUACUACCAAGCCUAAUAUCUCUAUUAGGGGAAAGCCAUUCAGUGUAAGCUUAUUGAAGGCGUCUUGCUGAGCAAGCGUAAAGUCUUCCUUGAAUUCCAUCUUUAUGUGGUCUGUUUUGGUUGUAAUUAACUUUUUUUAGUUAUCUCAGUUUCGAAAAAAUCCUUAAUCAUUAUUUCUGUACCACCUGUAUGUUUUACCCUUUAUCAUUCUCAUUGUCAUCAAAUAUCAGUGUUUGUUUGUUUGCGUACAUUUCGAUUAACAUUUAAACGUCUGCAUAUAUCCAUACUUUUAUCAGAUUUAUGGUUGGCCAGUUCCAUAAAUCUCCACGUUUUGGAUUUGCGGGUAACAUUAGUGUUCGGUUUCUCUUUGGAAAAUUAUAUGAAUCAUCAAUAUAUUUAUAUUCAUAUGUGUGCAUUUUGGUGCUGAUUCAUUAGUGCCUGUCUCUAACCUUAUCCACCGUGUUUUACAGAUAAGGUGAUACAAACUGUUACUAAAAUGUCUUCUGUUAUGCGAACAACUAUAAAGUAAGAAUAAUUACAUACGAUCGGGCGAGGGAAAGAAAGAUGAAACUUAACUGACCAAAAGCUAAAAUACUGUAUUGUAGUUUGAACCAUUCAGCUCAUUGAAAUUCACUGAAUAAAAAGAAAUAAGCAAUUUACUUGUACCUAUAGUUCUGUUAGAUGAUUUGACGUUCUUAUGUUUAAUCUCAUAUAGCAGAUCGACAAUCCAAUACUCACUUUUUUUCUUGACUCUUCAUCACUAGGUGAUCAUAAGAAACAGUUAUUUUUGACUACUAUGGUACACCACUUAGACUGUCAUCGAUUUUUCAUCUUAGUCUCUUUGAGUUAUCUGAAAGAUUAGUAAGAAAUAAUAACUUUACUUUUAUCAAGGCAUUGGCGUUUAUCUCGCAAAAACCUACGCCACGGUAGCGUUCGAAAAAAGUCUUCGCAUCAGAAUACAUUUAUCUCUUUAAAAACCAACAAGAAUACUGAUGUAUUGAAUUACUGAUAAUUUAUAUUAGAUAAGUAAACAUUCUUAACUAAGAAUAAGUUUUCUUUGAGACAUGGCAGAAAUUUUCACUAUCCAAGAAAACAGAGGAUGUGGGGAAAGAGAAUAUACAUAUGAUGAAUUCGGAUUUAUCAUUCGUUUUGUCUUUCACAAUGUAAAUCAUAAAUAGCUUUGUUUAAACUAAAUUGAGUUUACUGCUCACCAAUAGUUUCGUUUUGUAUUUCGAAAAUCCGUUUCAUGCAGUAAAUUUGUUAUGAUCGCCAUCUUUCACACAAUAAGAUUCGUUGUGUGGUUAAUGUGAAAAGUGAUGUUUUGAGAAAUAUAAAGACAAUUAGUCAUCAACUACUACUAUCAGCCCCUUACAGAAUCGAAAUUAAUCAUGUUUUGAUUGGGCUCCUUGUUAUAAAUCAAACAGUUUUCGAAUGUAUUCAAACUUUAGUUAUUUCCCGUAAGCCAUUACACUCGUUGCUUUAUUGUCGAGGUAGUUGAAUUUUUAUGCCACUAAUUCCAAUCAAUAGUCAAAUUUUAUGAUAGUCAUUGAAGUUACAUUAGCUAUGAAUCUAGUUUUGUGUUAAAUCUAAAGUAGUCAUUUUCAAGAAGUAAAAUAUAACGAAAUUGUUCAUAAUUCUUUGCUUUCCAUUCGUUCCAUAGCAGUCAUUAGUUAACUAAAAUGACCGAUGUUUUUUGCAUAUUACCUACCUGAUUUAACUAUGUUUUAUUUCCCAUAGUCAUUAUCAAUUUAAAGUAUGAUUCUACCUUUCCCUUUCCUCGAUACUUUGAAUUCCUCUUUUCUUAGCAUGAUUUAACGCAACAUUUCACUUAAUAACACGUGGGAUGUAGUGUUAUCAUGCCAAUGAAUAUUUCAAGUUGAAAGUAUAUAAAUGUAUAUGUGUAUAUAAUAUAAUUAUGAAAUCUUUAUUCCACUCAUUGAAUUUAUUUGCAUGUCCUCUCUUCGAUGGCUUUGGUAAAGGUUUGUCUACUUUUGAUUUUUCAUUUUUUUGUGUUGUGACUACUUAUACUGGAAAAAAGUACUAAAUUGGAGUUUCUAGAAAUUAAAUACAGCAUUGUUCCAGUUGGAGCUUGAUAUUCUCAGCUUUAAUAUUUUCUGAGAUCAAUCAGUCUAUGUUGAAACUGUGAAUGAUAUAGAUUUUAUUGUGUUUAACAGUAGUUAUUUACUGAAUCGAAAUGCGUAAAUUGGAAGCACACACUUUAGUUAAACUCAAUGUUCCUAGCGAUCAUUAUAUCAAACUCCUCGGCUUCAUGUUAAUAUCCCAAUUUACUGAUCACAGAUAGUUAUUAGCGGGACGUAGAUUGGAUUUAAGUUUGUUCCAUGAAGGAUUGUGUUGGGGUGCGCUGAUUGGCUGUUUUCCAACCAAUCAGCGCUAGUGGAGACCUGGAGAAGACUAGAAUCGUAUGUAAAAAUUAUAGAUAAACUAACGUUUUUCUUAUUGCGAUCUAUACUUCCAUCCAAAUUUCUUAUUUGGAAUACAAUCACGUUCCUGUUCAGCUGUAUUCGGAUUUGGAAACUUGUUGAGUGAAGUAGUGCUCAAGAAUAAUAAACAAUGAGAGUAGCUGGGUCGUAAUAAGGAAAUUUCUAAUAAUAUUCAAAACUCUUACUCUAUGGCAUAGUUCAGUGAAUCAAAAAUAAUUGAAUUAUUUUUGUAAUAAAGGCAUUUGAGUAUGUACUUGUACAUAAAUCACACACAAACACAGUAGUGCUCUAACAUGUAAAGAUUCAUGACCUAAGGGUAGAAACAACUGUUUAAUUUUUUGAUGUUUUCAAUAUUCUUGCAAACAAAACCAAUUUAUUAUAAAUGUAUAAUUGGAAUUUAAUCAUUUCUGAACACGUUUUUCGCAAAAAUGUUAGUAAGUAAAUAUUUCUGUAUUGAUUAUUUCAAGAAAGGAUAAAUCUAAAGUACGUCAGUUACUACCAUACAUUUUUUUAAUGACUGUCUCUGAGUAGUAGUUACCAUGUACCAGUUUAUUUACUCAACUUUUUUUAGCACAGUGUUUAUAAGAAGACUAAUAACACACUGUCUAACUGCGUUCAAACUAAAGUAGGCCAAGGGAAGUUUAGACUUGGAACUUAUUAAUUGAAACAUUUCACAAUCCAUGUAUAUGAAAUAAAUUCACUUGAUAAAAACAGUAAAAAGAAAAUCUCUUAUUGCUUUUUUUAAGGUGGGAUAGGUCUGUUAGGUGGACCAGGUUUUGUACCUGGUACAAAUGACCUGGGACAAAUUGAUUCUGCACUUCAAUCACCUGCAUCACCAUCACGUCCAUCAAUCAGUGAACAUUGUCAGUUGAUUUCUAGUUUAACGUCUUCACUUAAUACUGUUGGUGCUAGUAAUAAUACUAAUACUAAUAGUAGUAACUGUACUACUGCUACUACCAAUAUCGGACCAACUUGUGUUCGUACCAUUUGUAUAAGUCCUGAUGGUCGUCAUCUAGCAGCUGGUGAUCGUGAUGGUAGUCUACGAGUUUACUCCUUGGAGACAUUAAAAUUAUGUUAUCAGAUACCUGCUCAUGACAAUGAAAUUCUAUCGUUGAAUUUCUUUCAAUCAUAUUCAGUUCCUCAACUUUUAUUGUUAUGCUCUGCAUCACGUGAUCGUAUGAUUCAUAUAUUUGAUCCGAAUAAAGAAUAUUCUCGUGUACAAACAAUAUCUGAUCAUUCGGGUGCUAUAUUUUCUGCAAAAAUCAUUGAAACAGAUGAUGGUGAAAUUCGUUUAAUCUCUUGUGGUAUGGAUAAAUCAUUAUUAUUUAGAAUACUUGAACCUGAUGAAUCUGGUCAAACAGCACAUUUCGCACUUGAACACCAUCUAGUUGGACGUCAUUCCCAAUUAGAUGCUGCUAUUACACCAAUGUUACCUAGUUCAAUAGAAAGUCGAAUGAAUUCCACUAGUCGUAAACGUUAUCUAGCUGUUGCAUGUCAAGAUAGAAGGUUACGAAUUUAUAAUGUUGUCACUGCACGUCCUGUACGAUGUUAUCGUGGAAGUUAUACUGAAGAUGGUUUUCUAGUUCGUUGUUCAAUUGACCCAACUGGAUCGCUGAUUGCAACUUCAGGUUCAGAUAAACAGUUGAAUUUGUUUCAUUUACUCACGGGUGAAUCAAUUGCUACAUUAUACGGUCAUUCAGAAUUGUGUUUAGGCUUAAAAUUUCUACCUAAUCUACGUUAUUUAAUAUCGGUUAGUGCUGAUAGUUGUAUAUUUGUUUGGCGUUUAUCAACAAAUUUAGCACAAUAUUUACAUGAACGUAUCACUACAUCAAGUAUGUUGAAAAAUAUAUUAGGCAAUUCGAUUAGUUAUCCUCAAUUAGACGGAAUUCCAUUAGAAAUAACAAAUGCAAGACUAAAAACUAGUAGAGGAGAUAAUAAUGGUUUGUUUAAUAUUAAUCGUUCCGAUUAUUAUCAUAUUCGUAAUGAUGAUAAUGAUAAUAUUGAUGUUGAUACAAAUCGAAAUAUAACAUCUCGAAAAUAUACUAGUAAACACAGCAACAGUAAUAAUAAUAGUGAUGAUGUUCUAAAUGAUUGUAACAGUAUGUUAUACAACAGUGAAAUGAAUGAAUAUGAGAAUGAUGUUGACGAUGAUAAUGAUCUCGAUAACUAUGAUGAUGAUGAUGAUGACGAUGUAACAUCAUUUAGUCAAACAAUGCCUCCAUCUGAAUGGAGUGAAUCACUUGCAGAAUAUGAUAAAAUUGAAAACUUGGAUAAUGAUGAUGAGAAUGCCGAUGAUGAUAUUGGUGGUGGUAAUGCUGACGAUGAUGAUAAUCGUGGUGAAGAUAGUGAAUUUGAUGCGUUUCCUUUAGAUGAUGUAUUAUCAGUUAAUGUUACAAAUCCUAUUACUAUCCAAAUGAAUCAUUUGAUGAAUAAGCAUAUUGUAACGAAACAUAAAUCUAUUGUCGAUGAGGACAAUUCACCUAAUUGGUGUAGCAAUAAUAAAAAAAAUAUUUUGUCUGCCAAUCACUUGAUUAAAUCUCAAGUUUCCGCUACCACUGCUACUAAUUGUAAUAGUAGUAGUAGUACAGUUACAAAUUCUGUCAAUCAAAAUAAUAAUGGCAGUAGUAGUAGUAAUCGUAGUGGAGGAAAGAAGCCGGAAUUCUAUUUUAGUGUUAGCGCACUUCCGGCUUGGGCGCGCAGAAAGCUGAGUCGUCGUGAAUCAGUGACCAUUGUCCCAACCUCUUUGACACAGGUUUUGAAUAGUGAAUUUGAUGUGAAUGGAUCGGAUUCAGCUAGUCAAACCUCUGUAGUAAGUGGUCCAAUAUUGCCUGUAUCGACUAGUGGUUCCUGUUCCCAUGAAACAAUACCUAACUAUGUUUAUCCAUUGUCAUCAUCAGUCACAGCAACAAAGAAAAGAUCAAAAUAUACUCGUGUUCGCGGCAAAACAUCAAUUGAAGACAUUUGUGAAAAAGAUAUAUUAACACCAGUGUCUAGUACUACCACUACUACUGUUGUAUCAUUAUCUGUUUCCCAAUCGACAAUCUCAACCAAUAACCAUAAUCAUACAUUUCAUUCACAAAUGUCUCGAUCAGAAUACAACACUAGAGAAUAUUUUAAUUUUAAUCAGAAUGAUGAAAUCAAUUCUAACGAACAAAUAAUUCAUGAAAGAAAAAACAAUUGGUUUACACGUGCUGUUUCUGCUCCGGAUACACCUCGUUCUUGGAAAAAAGAUGUUUAUAGCGUAGAUAACAAACGAAAUAUGAUAACAACAACACCAGUGACAUCAGGAACAACGACUACUACAACUAUAAGAACACGGAAGAUAAUUGACAGUUCUGUAAAAAAACUUCAUCCUACUCAAAAGACUGUGGAAACAUCUUUCAUCAAUCGAGUCGCUGCUCAAAAUAGACCUAAGGAUUUGGCUUUAGAACAAUUCACACCACCAACACAUACCUAUGAAGUUUGUGCUAAUCGACUAAUAAUGAAUGAGUCGAUUACUGGUGGAGAUUGUCCGAACGCAUUGCCAUUAUUUAACAGACCUAAAAAUAAAUCAUCUCAACAACGAUCUUAUUCGGCUACGCAACUAAUUCCUUCAAGGUAUGAGAUUAUGUUGUUUUUUUAUCAAGUAAGAAUAUUCUCAAAAAAAGUUAACACUCAGAUUCACCAUUCAUAAGUACAUUGAUUCAGCUUCAAUUUGUUCGAUUUUAUCAAACAGAAAAUACAAAAUCACAGCCAAUAACAAACGGGAAUAUUUGUCAAAAUUGAUAGAGAAUGAGUAAAACAUAGCUGUCAAUAUAACCAUUUACACUCAAUCUCAUUAGAAUGUAUUCUACUAACAUUGAUAGUUAAAUCAAAUCAGCAGAAAGUAUUGGUUAUUCUGUGUUUUAUUUUCGUUGGCGUUCAGUCUGUUAGAUUCUUGUAGAACCUCCGAAAAAUCUGUUUCAUCUACAGACAAAUGCACUUAGCUCAAUUGUAGUCAGUGACGUUGUUAUCGAUAUAACUCAUUUAUGAUUGACUCCUUGUAUUGUUGAAUCGAGUUUACACUUAGGUAAUUUACGAAUAAUCAAUGUUUGAACGAAACAGUAUACGGCACUUUCCUAUGGUUGACUAACUUAACCGAUACUAUACUAGUUUCAGUUAAAAAUGAAGUGUAAUCGAACCAGUGGUAAAAAGAAUGAGGUACAUGCUACAGAAUCACUGCGAUUUAUCCUUGAACAGCACUAGAUGUAUGAAAUUUACACUUUUUUGGAGCUUUAUUCACACAGGUUUAUAUUUGAUACAGACGAUUGUGAAUGUUCUUUCUUAAAUUUCUAAUUUAUUGUUUAAAGUAGUUUUCCAUUUGUUCUUUAUAUUUUAUGUAAUAUUUUUUCAAGAAUUGAUUACUUUUGUACACUCUGAAUUCAUCUUGUUCAACAACAAAUGGGAAUAAAUAAGAUAUCUUGACUGAUCUGAAUCUUCUUACUGAUAUAACCGAAUGACUUGUUUUGAUAAUAAAGAAUGGAUUGAUUAGCACAAGUCUGAACUGCAUAAAUAUUAGAAAAUUACAUCUGGUCUGUGAUCGAGAUUAGUUAUUUAGGUAAAGUUCUAUGUAUAUUUUUAACUAACCUAAAUUAUAACGAUGAAUCUCGUCAAAUGAUUUAUGCUGAUUGGUCCAAUAGCAUCAUAAAUUACCCAGUAGAAUUAUAUGCACCACGUAGUAGCAUCAAUCAAAGUUUACUUGAAUACAUCUAUUACAUGUAGACAACUGACAGCUAAAUAAAUUACAAACCUUUACUGGCUUAUGAUACUUUUCACUGUUGUUACUUCUAAUUAUCCAGAAUUUUAUCAUUUUUAUUUUUGAACAAAUUAUUAAAGUUUCUUUUAACAUUUGGACUUAACUACCUCUCAUUUGUUUUAUUGAGUGAACAACUCAGUUUCCAACUUUUCUGGCUUAGAAACAUUACUUUUAGUUCUCUUCUUGUAUUCACACAGCUUUGUUCUUUUUCCACAGUACCUCCGUUGAUUGUUUCCUUUUCAUUACAUCUUCUCUCUUAUCCAUUUUAUUUUUCCGCUGCUGUAUUUCAUAAUAUUUAACACCACCUUUUACUAAGCGGUAAUAACCUUUUUCCAGCCUAAUUAGGUUUAAUUGCUUUAAAUGUCAUACAGUGCAUGGAUAUCUUGCUACAAUGACCAUUGUUUCGUGUCUAUAUAUAGAAAGCAAUAGUUUUUUACAUUGUCUAUAAUCCUAUGAUACUUAUCAUCUGAACUAUAUUGCAAUCAAUUAUAAUUGAAGGCUUUUCUAAUUCACUAAUGCAUAAUCAUAACGAUGCGUAAAUAUUGCAAGUUAACGUUAUACAACAAAGAGAUGUAAAGGAUCUGUGGUUUUUAUUUUGAUCUUUACCUACAUUCUUGAUUAUUCAGUGUUUAUUAAUAUAAAUCAUCAUUGAAUAUCCCGACGGAUCUAUUUUAAAUAUUUGAUUUACUCAAAUUAUGUACCUGAUGAAUAAAGAAUAUUGGAAAACUCGAGAAUACUGUCCAGCUUAUCAGAUUACUUGGCAGUCUUUUCGUCUUGUUUUAGAAUUCUGCAGCAUUGUUUCACGUAGUAUCAAGCUUUCAAUGACCUGAAUAGUCAUAGCUGUCAGUCGUACUUUUUAUUUAGUAAAUAAACAUAUUAGGAUUUCGCUAUUUUUACCCAGUUUUCCGGGACAUUUAUUAGUGAAAUUAUUGGUUAAUUUAUAUAAUUUCAUCAUUUGCAGUCACGUACUUCGUGUAUAUAUAUGGUGGGGGUUAGUGAGUACAAUUUUAAUUUAAUUCAAGUUUAUUCGGUCAGUUUAUUGUUGACUGAUUCAUUACUCUUGUUAAUUUAAUUAAUUUGCUUUUCACUUAUGAAAAUCGGUCUCUUUGAAGUAAAAGAUGUUUGAUGAUGGUUUUCUGCUUUCAGUCAUCUUUUUCUUUAGAGGAUUAUUCAAGUUCGGUGACAACAUUGCGUUUUCUAAACAGUAGAUAUUUAUCUGUUCAUAAUUUAUAGUUCCGUUGAUUAAUCGAAGUUUUCAUUCUCUAAUCAGUUUAAAUGUACGUAAUAAUAUCUUAUCUUCACAAACCACAUCAUUUGUCAGUUUAACUUUUCUAAGUUAUUUCAAGUUUACUAGAAAGAAAUAAAAAAGGAAAAAGGCUUUCUGUCUACAUCUUAAACUUUUUGUGAGUAGAUUGUGUAAUUCUGGUGUGUGCUACUUAUACGGACAGACAUAAGUAUUAUAUAUCAGGAAUCGGAAGUAAGAUUCUUAUGGACAGAAGAGUAGAAUGAAAAGAGGAAGAAAAACAGAAAGCAAUCAAAAUGUCAACAGGAAUGAAAAAACAAUGGAGUUUUUUUGACACACUUUAAGGAAGAUGAGUAGAUGGUGUAUUCGCUGUGUUGUUCUCAUAUUUUAAAAAUACAAUGUAGGAUUUUUCAUAAUACAGUAAAUUGAUCUGCUCCAACCACGUCUUCGUUCAUUACAUAGCCAUUGGAAGUUAGGAAUACGGAUACUUUCAAAGGUGAAUUCCUUGACAUAUUGAUGCCAGUCGAAUAGUUAUCAUUGAAACUUACGGAGUAUCGAAAUACUAUGGUUCCUUCAUCUAUUCACCACUUCCAUUUUCACAUAUUUACGAAUGACAUAAAAAAUUAUCAAAUUAAAGAAAAAUUGAUUAAGUUUCAAUAUCUGAACUGAUUCGAUUUUUAAUUACCAAAUGAUACAGUCACUUUCCCAUUAUAUUGAAUCAAAUAAUGCCUGUAAAUAUAUCUUAAGAUUUCAAUUUUUCUUAUCCUAUAUUAUCUAAAUAUCUUGUAGAAAUAAAGUCAAACUUCAAGAACGACGUCAUGUUCGAUCUCGUGCCAGUUGGUUUCCUGUUAGGUAUAUUCUGAUACUGAUUGUUGGAAUAUGUGUUUGUGUGUUCAUGCAGUAACCGCACAUACAUACAUUAAUAUUACCAAUUUAACUAACCUUAUUUUAUUGUUAUUAUCAAUGGAUUGGUUCACUAUAUUUUGGUUUAUUUAUAAUUGAUUUUACUACUACUAAUAAUAAUAAUGGGGAGUGAUUUGUCAGUUGUGUAUCCAUCAAUUUAUAAUUUAUCUUUUUUAACUCGUAACCAUCGAAAUAUUAAAAUAACUCUAUCUUGUAGUUCCAGAAUACCAUUAGAUGUUUUUAUCUUUGUGCUUCUGAAUUAUUAUGUCUUUUUUCCUGAAUUAUUCAAUACACAGUAUAAAUUUAGAAUAUGACAUGACAUCAGUCCAUAGAGUCAUUGAUAGUUAGGCUGAUUCGUGUUGGUUCGUUUGCACGAUUAUCAUAACCAAUGGUUGAAAAUGUUAAGUGACAUGGUCCAGGAUAGAUUGCAUUGACGCACACAUAUUCACUCUGUCUUGCUUUAAAUCUUGAGUUUUAAAACUAUUCUAUUCUUUUUAUCCAAUGAAUUUCUUUCCAAAUUAAAUUGUCUGUAUCUAAUCGUUCCUACUACUGGUGAUACUCUUCUUGUUUUUACUAAUCUAGGACUUAUUUCGAAAUAAUAAAAAACAAUUUGUCGCUAAACACAUCAAUUGGUCAUAAGACUUUGCGGUCACUCUAUCAAAUCGUUUAGAUCAAACAACCCAGUUUCCUUAUCAGAUCCAGGGAAAGUAUCCUCACAGAGUGUAGUCAACCGAGAAGUGAACCGCAUACACACAUACCAAAAAGCAUUCAAGUUCAUCUUAUCCUCCACUCCAUCUUUGGAUCCUGGUUUCAGACUCUUGUGGGACCAUUUGUGCAUGUUAUUGAGGCGUUCAAAACUAGGGUUAACUAACUACGCAGUAUUCCUCAACUUUUUCAUAAAGAAAUCCACUUUGAAACUUAACAUAAAUUCCACAAAUCAACUCAGCUACCUGAAUACACUUUUAGAAUGAAUAAAAAAAUUUUGAUAGUUAACAAUUUUAUCGUAUGUGUAUUAGCUCCAUUCAAACUGUACUAUUGCAAACGUAAAUAUGAUUUUGUUACAGAAUAGUUGUUUAUCUAUAACUAAUUAUUUUAUUGAAUUAUUCACUCAUACUUAUGUAUCAAAUAAUGACUUAAAAAAGCGAACGAUAUAUUUUUAUAGUUUGUCUACUUUUUCCGUAAUAAUGGUGAUAGACGGAAACUGUUGAUUUGUUAUAACAAUAAACGUUUGUUUGAUAAAUAAGAAUCUUUAUGAUAACUCACAUUUUUCUGUUGUUUGACUAAAUUAAAUCAACUGUGAUUUUAUCAUUUGUCGAAAGUGACACUCAGUUAAUAAUGAACGAUAUCCUAUUUCUUAUUCCUAUCAUUCUGAGUUACAUAACUUAAUCAUUUCUCUUUUGUGUUCUCUCUCUUCUUAUUAUUCUUCGUAUACUACUAUACUUCUAACCAAUCUACCUUCAUUUUUAUUUUCAGUGAUGUGUCAAUAAAUGGAAUUCAUUAAUUAACCAUUGUCUCAAUGUUUUAAUUUAUUUUUUUAUUGUGAUUUUUUCUGUUUUCAUCUCUAUAAGCUUAGUUUUUUUUUAAAUUAGUUGUUUCAGUUAUUUAUACUGAAAAAUUAACAAAUAAAGAGAGGUUAAUAUCUUUCAAACUUUUCUUAUUUCAUUUCUCUUUCCUUUUUUUCACUUCGAAAACUUUUCUGUUCAUUUUUCACUUGUUUGUUUUUUCAUUUUUAUUAUAACGAUUGAAUCGAAUACAUCACAUAGUUUCCCAUAUUUUGUCUAAAUAUAAAUAUUUUCCACAUUUUUCCCUCCUAAAUUACAGUUCUCCUAAACAACACAAUCCUCCUCCUUCUACAAUUGUUGAUGAUUCUGUCAAUCUAUAUUCAACAAAUAGUUUACAUCAUUUUCUUGAUGACACAAAUACAAUUCAUGCUUUGAAUUACAAUUAUGGUGAUCGUUGUCAACAGCGUAAUCAGUCGAAGGAUUUGCGUGCAUCUGUGGAUAUAACUUCAAAGGCUUUAUUGAUGUCAUCAAUAUCAUCAUCAAAUUAUCAUGAUUCAAAGAAUCGUUUGCCUGCUGUCAAAAAAUAUUCUUCACAAUACCUUACCACUAUGCAAGAGACAAACUGUCGAAUGAACAGUGAAUCUGUGCCCAAGAGCUCAACACAUACUCCAAACUCAACUUCGUCUCAAUUUCAAUCAGACGAUUUAAAUUCAUGUAGAUCAGCUGUCGAAUCACUUCAUGCUCUUCGUGUAGCCUUAGAUUUGGCUAUUAGUCGAUUAACUAAAUUAUCUUGUUACAACCAUAAAAGUGAAGAACAUACAAAUCUAUGUCAAAUUGUUACUGAACAACUUGAAUGGAGAUUUUCACGUUUACGUGCUAUGCUUGGUCUAUCACCAGUUUGUGUUGAAGCACCAGUGGCUCGUGUAUUAAUUGCAGAUAUUGUAGAACGCUUGAUUCCAGAGUUAAAGUCAGCUUCUUCAAUGCUAGACAAUACAGAUGCUUUAAACAACAGUACUAACGAUGACAAUGUAGAUAUUGAUAAUCCAGAUAGUCAAGUAAACAGUGAAAAUAAAUCACAAUUCCAAAAAGCAAUGAAUUUGUCUGAUACUUCUGUAUAUAAGAUGACCGAAAUGAAUGACAAUUCAACUAUCAUCAAUCAUAAAACUGUGAAUAUUGUUAAUCGCGAUGGUUAUAUUGACAAUAAUAAUAAUAAUAAUAAUAAAACGAGAGAUGGGAAAAUGAGAAACGUAACUCAUUAUAAAGAACAUGAUGAUGACAAUGGUGAUAUUCAUGAAACAUUUAUGCAAGAAAAUAAGACUCUCGAAACUAGCUGAAGAAAAGUUACCAUACUUUCGGUCUUUCUAUACUUGUUUUUUUCGUUAAUUUUGUAUUCAUUGUUUUUAUUCGAGGUUUUUUUAACGAAAUAUAACAGCUCUAUUUAUGGUAUGUACAUACUACUUAUUUUUCAUUUUAGUAUUGAAUUCAAUAAACUUUUGACCAUUUGAAUUUUUCCUAAUUAUCAAAUAUUGAACAGAUGGAAACAAACACUUUUGGAAAUAUAAUAUAUUGGAUACUACAUAUAUGCAUUUAGCGCCUUUUUUCAAAAUCUUACUCAGCGUAAUUUGUGACGAGUGAACAUAAUCUGUUUUGGUGUGUAAGUAUAGUCUUACCUAUAAUAUCGCCUUUCACUGGAUAACUGUUGAUUGACCAUACUUUUAAUAAUAAUAAUAAUAAUAAUAAUAAUAAUAAUAAUAAUAAUAAUAAUAAUAAUAAUAAUAAAGUACACAAUCGUUUUACGUCACUAUAUAUGCGCACAAUGUUACGCUUACUAUAUUCUCAAAUUGUCGUCAAAAAAGAAGCUUUUAUUUUUCUUCCUGUAAUACUCAGUAUGUUUCUUCUUAGUUGUUUUUGGAUGCAUUUUAUUGUGAAUUAAAAAUGCAAAUUAUGUACACAAUUAACAAAUAAUCUUUAUCAUUGCAUGUUUAUUAAAUUAUAUACACCAAUAUUUUGCCAAAUUACAUCCGUUGUUUUAAUCAACUAGACAAAAUAUUGGAUAAACCUCGCCAUUAUCUCUGUUAUAUAUAUAUAUAUCUUAUAGUUAUAUUUUGUUUAGUUCUGAAUCAUUAUUUUUAUUUAUUAUCUCUUUUUUUAAGAGUCUUCGUUACCUAAACUUUCAACUAAACUCAAUACUGUUGUUGUGUAUGUAUAUAUCUAGUGAUUUUUUUUUCCUGCUGAACACUAUAUCGUUCUUUUUUUUAUUACUUUGGUUUUCUAUUUAUGUCUGUGUAUAUGUGUAAGUUUACAACUUGGAUUCGCAUAUACAUAUUGAAACCUUCCAUUGCUUACUCUAUCCAUUCUUCUUUGCUUUUUAAUUGAAUUGAUUAAUAUUAAUAAUACUUAAACAAUUAUGUUAGCUAUCUAUUCAUUGGAAUUAUUGGGAAUUUGUUUCUCAAUUAUGAUUGAUUUGUUUAUCAUUUAUCUAAAAACAUUUGUAGAGGAAAAUAAUUAUAUUUUAAAAAAAGUAAACAUAUUAUAAUAGGCGAUAUAUGUUUAAUGUAAUGAAAAUCAUAGUGAUAAUAAUAAAUAUAUACAGAAGCAGUUUCUUCUCUUCGAAUAUUACUGACUGUAUAAUCUUCGCUAACGUUUUGGAUUUCGUCUAAUACAUUACUAUUAUUAUUUAGAUGAACAUUUUUUUGGAAAAAAUAAAGAUUGUCAGACAAAUACAUUUAGUUAUUUAUUUACCUGACUCAUUUUAUGACCACAAUUGAAAUCAUGAGUUGAUCUGACCUUGAAGUACUGGAUGGCAGUACGAUUCCGUACUCAAGACUCGAACAUAAAAUUUGGUACACCGGAGAUAGUAUUCGAAGCGAUAUACAUUAUUGAGUUCAAUUAAAUGUUAAAAUAACUCAGUAACCGAGUACAUGCUUCAUUUACUGAAUUUUAGUUGUAUAUGUAUUAAUUCAAAUAGUUAGAAUCAGAGAUUCAGUUAUUCAAAGUUUAACAUUUAGGCUAUUAAAAGAUUACCAAUUUCUCUUAUGAAAUUAUGAUUUUAUAGUGUGGCGUCGAGUGGCGGUUGAUUAUGAUCACCAUUAUAGGAAGACUACGUGCCAGUUACCAGACCAAAUAUCAGAAGGCAAUUGAAGGUUAUAGUAAGAUGUAUUUGUUGGCGAUCUCGUGGUAUCGAAAGAAUAUCGAGAUCGUGUCAAAGUUUACAAGCGGGACUAGUGAGCGUACACAAGUUCGCGCAAGGUCACAGACAACGGAAGAAUGUAUGUUUUCAGUACACU